CGUAAGAAAACUGAUAAACAGAAUGUCUUUUCCAAGUAAAGAAGAUCGUGCAAAAUGUUGGAAUCAUAGGGAUGAAUAUUGGAAUUGUCUUGAUGAUGGUAAAUCAGAAACAGAAUGUAAAAAGUUUAGAGAACAGUAUGAAAAAUUUUGUCCUGCACUAUGGGUAAAACACUUUGAUCGUAAGAGAGAGUACUUGAAAUUCAAAGAGCAGCUAGAACAAGGGGGGUAUGUUCCUGAAGAACAAAAUGUAACAUAA